AAGAUGAUGUCCGUAUUAUAGGAAUAUGUGGAAUGGGUGGCAUUGGUAAAACCACUCUUGCAAGAGUUGUUUACGACCAAAUGUCAUCUCAUUUUGAAGGUAAAAGCUUUCUUGCUGAUGUUCGAGAAGUUUCAAACAAAUUGGGACUUGCUUCUUUACAGAAACAACUUCUUACUCAAACAUUGUCCGAAGGAGGAUUCAAUAUAUUCGAUGUUAAUGAAGGAAAUGCAAUCAUCAAUCAUAGGUUGUCUCACAAAAAGGUUCUUGUUGUUAUCGAUGAUGUUGAUAACAGAAAACACUUGGAACACUUGGUUGGAAGGCGUGAUUGGUUCGGUUUAGGCAGUAGGAUCAUUGUAACAACAAGAGAUGAACAUCUCCUCCGAUCCUAUCGAGUCGAUUAUGUGUAUAAGCCUACAACAUUGAGUCCCAAUGAUGCACUUCGGCUUUUUAAAUUGAAAGCUUUCGAUAGUGAGACAGUAUUAGAAGGUGUUUUCAUUGAGCUUUCUAAGCAUGUUGUACGCUACGCUGGUGGUCUUCCCUUAGCUCUUGAAGUGUUGGGUUCUUUUUUGUGUGGUAGAGAUGCAACUCAAUGGAGAAGUGCAAUUGAAAGACUUAAACGAGACUCCAACAAAGAAAUUCGUGAUAGACUUCUAAUCAGUUUUGAUGGAUUGGAAGAAAGGGAAAAGAAUAUAUUUCUUGAUAUCGCAUGCUUCUUCAAUGGGGAGGAGAAAGAUUUUGUAACCAAAGUGUUGGAUGGUUGUGAGUUUUUCCCAGAUAUUGGAAUCGAUGUUCUUGUUAAGAAAUCCCUAGUGGCAGUUGAUGGAGACAACAGAUUGUGGAUGCAUGACUUGCUACAAGAAAUGGGAAGAAAAAUUGUUUGGGAAAAAUCUAUUGACGAACCUGGAAAGCGUUGCAGAUUGUGGGAUGAAAGGGACAUCCAACAUGUUCUAACAAAAAAAACUGCCACGGAGGUGAUUGAAGCCAUGAUCAUCGACAAUCAAAGGGAAUCGAACAAGACACUCAAUUUGAGUGUCGAUGCCUUCUCGAAGCUGAAAAGAUUGAGAUUGCUCAAAGUUCUUUGCCUCUCAAAUUGUGAUGGUCUCAAAUAUCUUUCUAAUGAGCUUUUAGAUUGGAAAGGAUGUCCUUCUCAGGCUUUCAACCGGACAACCUGGUUGCACUUCUGUUACAAUACAGUCACGUUAAACAACUAUGGAAGGGAACCAGACCCUUGUACAAGCUGAAAGUGUUAAACCUCAGAGGCUCCCCGAACCUGAUCAAGACUCCGGACUUCACAAUGGCCCCAGAUCUUGAAGUUCUGAUCCUGGAAGGUUGUACAAAAAUAGUUGAUGUUCAUCCAUCCAUAGCAGAGCUUAAGAGGCUUCAAAAUUUGAAUUUGAGAGGCUGCAAAAGUCUUAGGAAACUUCCAACCAAAAUUGGAUUGGACUCUCUUCAAACAUUCAUUCUCUCGGGUUGCUCAAAUCUUCUUUGGUUUCCAGAGAUUGAUUACAAAAUGGAUUGUCUGAAAACUCUUGAUCUUUCCGGAUGUUAUAGAGUUGGAUUUUUGCCAGCGAGUUUGCAGCUAGCAGAGUUUUUGGAAGAACUCGACUUGAGUGAAACGGCCAUAACAAAACCACCGUCCUGCAUUUUUCGACUUAAAAAUCUUAAAGUUUUGUCUUUCAACGGCCGCAAGGGAUCUUCAUCUAAGUUUCGAAAAAAUCUGCCUUCUCUCUUCAAAAAAUUCCAAAGAGGAAAGACAAAUUCAAUGGCUCCGAUAUUGCCUUCGUUGUCGGGUUUGAGUUCAUU